AUGGUGACUUCCAGCAGCAGUGAUUAUGAUUAUUCUUCUAGCUCUUCUGAAGAGUAUUCCAAGAUUUCUGCGGCCAAAUCACGUGCUAAGGAGAUAAUAAAUAGCAUGCCUCUCGAUGAUCUGAAAGUUACUCGUGAUGAGCUCUUGAAGAGGAAAGCUAGGGAGGAGAUAAUAGCUGAUUAUCGGGAGAAAAGGCGUAGAAUCCAGCGGAAAACACUAGAAGCUGAGGAGAAACUCGGAUCUCGUCCUGAUGGUGUAGCCUCAGACUCAGAUGCCGAAGAAGAGGAACCCGUGUGGGAGCCAAUGGAACGCAGAAGUAAGCCAUAUCCACCGCACAAGGAGAUUGAGCGACUGGUUAAGGCUGAUCUCCAAGAUGAACGUGAUGAAGAGGACCACCGGGAUGAAAUAUAUGGUGAUCUCGAGGAGGAAAAAUUCCCUAGUUCGGACAGUGAUUCCGAGAAAGAGUCUGAAGAGGAUUCCAUGAACGAUGAUGAUGAUGACGAUGAAUACGACGAUUCUGACGAUUAG